CAGAAGUCCAUUUCAGUGAGCUGCACUAGUCCUGAGAGCCACCAGCUCAGAGAAGUAGUCCAGCCACUCCAGUCACGCUAAGCCUGAGCUGCAGCACACAUUAACUCCACCUGUUGGCAAAGAUUGAAUCAAUCAACAAGGUGACAGCAUCUUAUUUCUGUGUCUCACUCUGAACGGAGUUGGAGACCACAGCCGAGCUGAUGAUGGGGAUGCAGCAACACCCACGCCGCUUUCAGGUCCUUUUUCUCAUGAUUUUCAUCACUGGGAUAGUUCUCUCCGGCCCUUCGACUCCUCGCAGGAGCAGAGUGAGACGUCAGAAUAUGAAAGUCCGCAUAAACGCCACAGGAGACACCAUCGUGAUGAAGUUUUUGCAUCCCAACGCUGGCACCAAGCUCGAGGGUUACAUCCUGGGCUACGGCAGCAGCAUGUUCUCCAAACAGUUCAUCCAGCUGCCCGAGAAUGGACAGCCGUAUGAGACGGAGUUUGAUGCGGAGCCCAAGUACCUUAUCGCCGUUCAGCCUAUCCCAAACAACGAGGUGAAAAAGCACUGCACAGGUAAAGUGGAACUGCAGAAACCACUUCACCUGGUUAUCGGGUCGGUAACGCCCACCUCAGUGCUUUUGUCUUGGGGGACCCUACUGAAAACUCCCCAUGAAGGCAACAUCAUGAAUGACUGCCUUGAGGAUGGACACUACACCGUGCGUUAUCGCGAGCGGAGCAGGAAGUGGCACUAUCAAACCUGCCCCACCAGCGACACGGUCAUCGACAACCUGAGGCCCAACGCGGUUUAUGAGUUCGGUGUUCAACCCACCUCCAAGGACGGCACGGGAGUGUGGAGUAAGCCGGUCAUUCACAACAUCAGCUCAGGGGGCACAGAAGAAAAGAACAUCAAGAAAAUCUUUAAGCGUCCAGUCAACCCUGUGAAACCUUUAUCGCCAGGUCCACACUCCUUCCCUUUUUCUCCACACCAUGUUCCCCAUAACAGGACCCACGGUGGACAACUUGUUUUGCGGAACAUAGCCCCAAAGACAACCGUUGCUCCCACCACAACUACUGCUCAGGAAUCUCUGUUGACCAGUGGAGCCGCACGGCCCGCGGCCAACAAACAGACAAUCGGAGGAGGGGACCUUUCCACAUCUGUGUUGCCUCCUUUUAUGGAGGUUACAAAAGCCCCCAAAUCCCAUCUUCCACUACACAUUAUAGCCACUACCAUGGCAGUUUUUCAGAAAAAUAUUAAGGAACAUGAAGAACAUCCUCUGGGUGAACCACAAAAAAGGCCAUCGGCCCAACCUCCAACACAACCUCAAGCUAAUUCUCUGCUGCAGACACAGGAUCAAAAACCACCACAACCUAAUUCCCAAGUUCAAAAACCUAAACCAAAACCCGUUACCCAGACCCAGCCACAACAUAAACCCAACUACCCAAUGUCACAACCCGAACCCCAUACCAAACGUCCAUCCCAGUCCCAAAUCCAAACCCACCCUCUAUCACGGCUCCAAACAACACAUCAGCCCAAACUCCAAACUAAACCUCAGUCACAAUCUCGGCAAAAGCCACAUCCCCAAGUACAGCCUCAGACCUCAACCCAUCCCCGGGACGAACCACAACCUCAACCAACACUCCAGCCCAUAAACCUGGUCAAACCUCAAACACAACUUCAUUCAACGACCCAGCCUGAAGUGCAAACACCUCAACCACAAUAUACACCUACAACUCUGCCACAAACCCCAAUACAAACUCAAACAAAUAUCAACCCACAAUUUUCUUUAAAAACCAACCCACAGGCUCAGCUUACAACCACACAGCAGUCGAAGGACCAACAAACCAGGAAACCAAAGAUCAGUUUUCCUCAACCUAAGCUCAAAACACAGCAUCAAACAAAAAAUCAGUCUCAAGGAAAGCCCCGAACAAGGGACUGGCAUGAAGCCCACACAAAGAUUCAGCCAUUGCUCCAAACACAACCUCCAACGAAGAACAAGGCCAAACCUGUAUCUCAUACUCAGCCCCUUCCCAAACCAAAUCCCGCCCCCAACGCCCAGACUCAAUCCCCGCUUGAACCUCUACCCAGGCCACAACCUCAACCUGGGCUUCCAUCUCAGACCAGGACCUACUCCGAUCCCACCAAGGUGACCCCAAGGCAGGCAGUCUCUACGGCUCCUAGUCCACCAGAAGAGGGCAAACCUCUACCAAGACCUGCCCUGGCUACAGAGAAGGCCGGUAGUUACAAUCAGGGUACAGGCGUCCACAGGCCAUCCGUACCUGAAGUUCCUCGUUCUCCCAUUAGUUCAUCAGUUCGUCUUGCGGGAAGGAACUCCACGGGGUCCCGCGCCAAGGCGCCUCCUCAUUCCACUCGUAAUAAUGGCAGGCCAUUUUCUCCACCCAAGAUAUUCACCUCUCCUCACAGCUCCCACACACCUGAGGCCGAUGGGGCGCGUCAUAAGGGCAAUGCUCUACCUAAACCUGUGGUGUGGUCGAAAGACAAACCUGUCCCUGCAGUCCAGCGUCCUUCUAUUCCUGUCAACAAGAGACCCAACCUGGUGGGGAAACCUAGUGACCAUGACAAACCCAUGGACCUGAAGCAGGGAAACAAGGAGUCCAUCUUGAAGACAUUCCCUCCGGUCACAGACAAGCCCAAGCAGGAGCGCAGACAGCAGCAGACAACCACCUCUGCCCCGGCAGUAAACACCAGCCGCUUCGACAUAAACGAAAACUCGUCCAUAUUCAGGCCCAUGCCCGCGUCAGACGUGGACUUCAUGGGCAAGAAGCGCUUCGUUGCUCCGCACGUGAUAUACAAGACGGACAAAAAGCCGGAUGAGCCGUGCUCCAUCACCUCGUCCCUCGCUUUCUUCCCUGACGAGGAGGGUGGGGAUCAGAACGUGACCGGUCCUCCCCGCAUCCCCCCCUCCAACCUCACUGUGGUGACCGUGGAGGGCUGCCCGUCUUUUGUCAUUCUCGACUGGCAGAAAUCUGACAAUGAUACCAGAGAGUACGAAGUCGUAUCGACCACCAAAGGACCAAACGGAGACGAGGUGUCCGUACUGACCACAAACCAGACACACACAGCCGUGGAGAAUCUCAAACCGGAGAGCAGUUAUGAAUUCACAGUUACACCAAAGAAUGACAUGGGAGUAGGACCUUCCAGUGAUCCGGUUUCUUUCAGCACAGAAUCAGCGGAUCCGCGAGUGAGUGAACAUGUGUCAGGCAAAGACGCCAUCUGGACUCAGUUCCCAUUUAAAUCCGACGACUACUCUGAAUGCAACGGAAAGCAGUAUGUGAAGAGAACUUGGUACCGUAAGUUUGUGGGAAUCCAGCUCUGCAACUCCCUGAGAUACAAGAUCUACCUGAGCGACUCCCUCAACGGGAAGUUUUACAACAUUGGAGAUCAGUCGGGCCAUGGUGAGGACCACUGUCAAUUUGUGGACUCUUUUCUGGAUGGACGAACCGGCACCCAGUUGUUGGCUGACCAGCUACAAAGCAGACCAGGGUUUUAUAGGGCAUUGAGACAAGAACCUGUCUACUUUGGAGAGAUUGGCGGGAAGUCACAUGUGACUUACGUGGGCUGGUACGAGUGUGGCACACCCAUACCGGGGAAGUGGUAAGAUCCCACAGGCCUCUACCGAAGGGGGAAGAAGAUGUCUCCUUUCUUUCCUGUUACCUUGGACAAUGUAGAUAGGUCUAUCUGAUGGGUUUGAACUCAGCCUACUCCUACAGGUAUGAACCUAUACCGGGCUAUUGUGGCACAAAACUCUAUUGAGUGCAUUUGUAACAUUAGUCCUAUUUUCCUAUUUAUCAAAAAGGUGUUUAACAAAGGAAUGCAAAGGGGGUCUAAGGGAACCAAAAUGUUGAAUAUACAGUAAUUCCAGAGAAGGUGUUGGGAAGCUGGCUCCCAAAGUGUAAUAACUUGUAUGAUAUUAUUUAUCAAAGGGGAUCGUUAUUGAGUAUUCUGUAUGUGCCUAUGCUUUUGAGAUGAAGAAAGUAGUUCCCAAUACCAACAUGAUGUCAAUGAGCACACAAAUUUUGUAAUUUGUUUACUUCCAUUGUACAUUUGGACUAUGUAAAAUAUACGUACACAUAGAGAUGCAGAAUUGACAUUCUGCUGGUCCUGAGGGAUUAUUAGCAGUUGCAGUUUGCACAGUAUUAUACCUUUGUUCAUAUAUGUAUAUGGUGUGAAAUUCAUUAUGUAAACGAGGGAUCAUAUAGUUUGAUAGAUUUUAGGUAACAGCUAUUAGCCAAAUUGUUAAUCUAUUGUAAGGAAGCUGAAGCUUGAGCCCAAUGUUUCUACGGGGUCUUUUGCUAAGUUUAAUGCUUGUGCAGUCCUGCAUUUUAUCAAAAGAAAUUCAAAUGAAUAUGGAAAAAGUAUAAUAGAACCAAGCGUCAAUAAGGAAAAUACAUGUUUGUGUUUAAACUAGUGCUUUGAAUCAUUGAAGAGAUAUUACACAUCUGUCACAACUGCCGUUGUCUUUAAUGCACCAUGUUUCCAGCAAUAAAUGUUUUUUUCUAA